AUGAUACGCAGUGGGUAUGACACCGCUUUGAAUCCUUUUAACAAUAUUGACAAAACUGGAUGGUUGAUUAACAUUAGUAACAAGAAUAUCCCUGAUCGGGUUUUUGAGCUUCUGAGUCUUGGUGACAAUUUCGGAUUACCGUUACUUCAGUCUCACGCGAAAGACCGUAUCAACGUUGUUCUCGAGACCUUGAAGAACUUUGAGAUCAAUUAUAACCGUAGUCCGUUAUAUAACGUCGCGCAAUACAUUCACGAUAUAUUAAAGAUUUCGAUCUUGCAACCUAAAUCGCAUAUCAAGGAUGGCUGGACGUUUGCUAAUCUUUUGAAAGACAAGACUAUCAGGGAUGACGAAGUAAUGAUUUCUCUUAACGUCACUGCAUUGUUUACGAAUAUCCCUAAAGAUUUGAUUGUAACUGCUGUCACUAAACGUUGGAGUCACAUUGCUCCUAACACGAAAUUGUAUUUAGCCCAGUUUUUACACGCGAUUGAAACGGUUCUGGACUCCACCAGUUUUUCUUUUAAUGGAAAUUUUUACGAGCAGAUUUUUGGUAGUCCUAUGGGUUCCCCCCUGUCACCUAUCCUGGCAGAUAUCGUGAUGGAUGAUUUAGAAAUGCAUUGUUUGAGUCUGCUGAGUUUCGAUGUUCCGAUCUAUUAUAGAUACGUGGAUGACAUUUUCACUAUUGUUUCACGAUCAAAGAUUGAAGAGAUUAAAUCGAUUAAUAAUUAUCAUCGACGCCUAACAUUUACACAUGAAACCGAGGUUGACUCUUCUAUCAGUUUCUUGAACACGAUGGUUAUCCGAUCUAAUGGUCGUCUUCUGACUGAUUGGUACAGGAAACCCACCUGCUCCAACAGAUAUAUUAAUUUUCACUCCAAACAUCCGUUGAAAUACAAAUUGAAUACCAUUUACAAUCUGGUUGACCACGCUAUUUUGUUAGCGGACACUCGGUUUCAUGCUAAGAAUAUCGAGGCUGUUAGGCGGACUCUUUCGAACAAUUGCUUUCCGAAUCAAAUCAUCAACCGUCAUGUGCAAAAACGAUUGUAUUUUUUGAAACAUCGCGAUAAAACUAAUACUGACAAUGAAUCUGACAAUGCGGCUACGCCUUCGUACAUUUCCUUGCCGUUUGUUGACGGCUGGAGUGACGAUGUUGAUCGCUUUUUUAAAAAAAUAGGCUUUAAAGUCGUCUAUAAUGUGCCUAAAAAACUCAACUCAUUAAUUAAACGUGGUAAAGAUAGGUUGCCUAUUAAUAACAGAACGGAAGUCGUUUACAAACUAGAUUGCAAAAAUUGUAACGUAUCAUAUAUCGGCCAAACAAAAAGACAUGUAAGCACUCGUGUAAAAGAACAUCGCAACAACAUUAAAGUGCACGAAACGAAAAUUACCACAUCAUUGAGGAUCAACUACUGCGCGGAUUAUCGGAGAUAUUGCGGGGGGACGCCCUUUUGUGAUACCGAAAUCACCGGACCAGCUGGGCCUCUUGGCAGGGAUUCGAGGCGGCGUUUCGGUUACAGUUUCUGCCCCAUCGGUACGACGCCUCCCUCCGCCGCGAAAUCGAAAAUCGUCACCAGAAGGCCAACGAGACAUUCGCGCAAUACUCGACGGUGA